GAAGUUGGUUGGGCCCACCGUAGGUUGUUCCGAUUACUGCCAAAUUUGGGUCCAAGCAAGGUUCCAGCACUGUCAGCCCUCACAAAUCCACGCCACCAACACACACACAACCACUUCAAAACCACGAUGCAAACUGCGGUCAAACCCCGCUUCGCGUUUGCCGCAACCCUGAUAAUGGUCUCUUGGCUCGGGUAUUGGCGGGUGAACUCGAGGAUCCUGCUGCAAGUGAGUGAAGACCUACGAACUUCGAGCCUCGACGAACCACUCAGUCCAGAAGAUCAGGAAUUCCUUGGCAACACCCCCAAUACGACGACACACGGUCAGCUAUUAUUUAUCGAGGAAGUUGCGCCCAACACGACACUGGCGCCACCCGAAACAACAAUCCCGCCAGCAGUGACUAUACCCAAAGAUCUGACGGCAGAUCUCCCACCGUGGCUGCAGGAAUAUGCCCAGUGGCAUCGACAACAACGUGCUCGAAUCAAUGAACACAACUGGAAGUCCAAACGCAACAAUUAUCUCAUUGUCACUGCCAGACGAGGUCAGCAAGCCGGAGGAUUGACCGAUCGAUUGAAACCCCUUCCUCAUUUCCUCAAAUUGGCGGCCAAAACCAAUCGAAUCUUGUUGAUUUACUGGAACAAACCCUUUUCAUUGGAGCAUUAUCUGUUGCCACCCGACGGUGGAUUGGAUUGGCGUGUUCCCUUUUAUAUGGUGGAGGAAAUUGUUGUCAAAUCCAGAAUCACCGCACGACAAGAAGAUAUUCGAAGCAAGGCACACAACAAAAGGUUCCAAAUCGUCGCCACGGGAAUGCAAGCACCCGACUAUGGUCAAGACUGGUAUGAUGCAACCCCCUUGGAGGGCGAUGAACUGCCUCAAUACAAUCGCAUUGCCAUUUUUCGACACAUGUGGUACUGGGCAUUCACUCCAUCCCCUCCCAUUGCACAGCGUGUCAAGGACAAUUUUGACAGACUGGGACUUGUUCCGGGAGAAUAUGCUUCGGCUCAUAUCCGGGCGGUGUAUGCCGUCAAGGAACGACCCGAGUGGAAAUACAUUCACAUGGCACAGCAUGCCAUGAAUUGUAUUUCCAUGUUGCGACCGGGCGGCCCUUUCUUUGUGGCCUCGGACACUGCCUUUGUCGUCCAAGAAGCCAUCAAGUAUGGACGCAGGAAAAAUGUCACGGUAGUGGCAACUACCAACAAUGGAGCCUACCAAAAACAACCCCUUCAUUUGGACAUGUACAAUGCCAGUGAUCUGUCGCUUGUGCCAGAAGACUUUUACGAUGCCUUUGUGGAUUUGUACCUUCUGGGUGGUACUCGAUGUGUGACACAUGGACAUGGUAGUUUUGGUCAUUGGGGGUAUCUGUUGGGUUACAAUUCCACGUGUGAGAUUCGACAAGUAAAAGGUCCAAAGUGUGAAUGGACAGAUCCUCCUUCCAAUGCCACAAUGGGUGUGCAUUCUGCCAGCAGCGCUUCAGAGAAAAAGCAUUCUCGUCCACUGUUUCGGCGUCCCAUGGCAUAUGAUUCCAUCUAUUCCUUUUCUCAAUAAGAGAGCUUUUUAGACUUCUACAUUUGAACUUUUAGGAAGGCACCAUCUGUGUGUACUGAUAUCUGUGAGAAGUCGUAUAGUACAAUUGAGGUAUACUAGGUGGAAUCCACCAAGCAGUAUCGUGCCGUAGCUAUCUGAACUGCCAUUGUGCAUCCUUGGAGCUUCGUGCAUCCUGGCUCUGAGGCACCACCAGCUAAAAAGGGAGUGCCUUGCGCUCUUUCGGGUCUUUGACUGCACUUCCGCUUUGCAUGAUAGUAGAGUAUCCUGAGGCACCGCCAACUGAGUUGGCAUUCGUUCCUGGCACCUCGAGAGCUCGAGAGUGGAACUGAGAACUGAGAGGGAGUGCCGUCGGCAUGAUGCAACGUUUGGUGGCAACCCAGGCCUGUUAGUUUGGCCCAUUCCCAUACCACAACUUUAAAGGUCACCUUGACCUCGACGCCAUGGACCCACCUCGGACCGGGUCCCCUCCCCAAGAAAGCUAUGCCCGAGACCUACAUGUAUGCAUAGCUUGCUUGUUCUGUGUGUUUUUAGUGCUAACCGUACAGGUACGUACAGUUACACGUACGUACUGUACUUGAAAGCUAUUAAUACUUGAAACAGCCUUGAAGUGCGGGCGUGAUCAAAGAACUUCCUUGUCUGCAUUCGUCAGUGUUCUUUCGUGACAACUGUUUUCAGACACGGGCAAAGAACACAAAGCAGCACAAACACGAACCUCCACCACGCACUUGUGCUCUCAAGGCGCCCUCCUUUGAUGCCUCUAUUUCCCUCCGACCCUCCCAACCUCAUCAUCCUUCCGCCGGCAGUUGACAACGACCCACAUGUAGACAAAAAGGACACCGGAGGUGUAAUAGAUAUACCGGGCGAGCUGAAUUGAAAGAUGGGCAGGCAUAGUAAUAUUGUUGAAGUUUGGCUGAAGGUAAUGUCAUUAGAUUUUUUCGUCUGAGAAAGUGGCGUUGUAGCUUACGGGAGUUUAGAGGUGUGCAACGUGAGACGUUAGAUUUUUCCGUCUGAGAAAGAGGCGUGGUAGCUUACGGGAGUUUAGAGGUGUGCUACCUGAGAUGUUACCUUUUUCCGUCUGAGAAAGUGGCAUGGUAGCUUACGGGAGUUUAGAGGU